AUGGGCACAGGCUCUGCUGGCAGCCCAGCCCCACACAUCCUCCCAGUCUCUGCUGCACCACUGGGCCUCCCAGCGGUCAAUUUACAGACAGAUAAACGGCAGGUGGUUCCCACAGAAAGGGGCGGGGAAAAGGUGCAGAAGCGGCGUGGGAGCACAGGUGAUGUCCUAGCAUUGCCCAUUUUUAAGCAAGAAGAGUCAAGUUUGCCUCCAGAUAAUGAGAAUAAAAUCCUCCCUUUUCAAUACGUGCUUUGUGCUGCCACCUCCCCAACAGUGAAACUCCAUGAUGAAACCCUGACAUAUCUCAAUCAAGGCCAGUCUUAUGAAAUCCGAAUGCUAAACAAUAGGAAACUUGGAGAACUUCCAGAAAUUAAUGGCAAGAUGGUGAAGAGUAUAUUCCGUGUCGUGUUCCAUGACAGACGGCUACAAUACACGGAACAUCAGCAGCUGGAGGGCUGGAGGUGGAACCAACAUGGAGAUAGAAUUCUUGACAUAGAUAUCCCAAUGUCUGUGGGUAUAAUCGAUCCUAGGGCUAAUCCAAACCAACUAAAUACAGUGGAGUUCCUGUGGGACCCUGCAAAGAGGACAUCUGUGUUUAUUCAGGUGCAUUGUAUUAGCACAGAGUUCACUAUGAGGAAACAUGGUGGAGAGAAGGGAGUGCCAUUUCGAGUACAAAUCAGUACCUUCAAGGAGAAUGAGAACGGGGAAUAUACUGAGCACUUACACUCAGCCAGCUGCCAGAUCAAAGUCUUCAAGCCCAAAGGUGCAGACAGAAAACACAAAACAGACAGGGAGAAAAUGGAGAAACGAACGCCUCAUGAGAAGGAGAAAUAUCAACCUUCCCAUAAGACAACUAUACUCACAGAGUGUUCUCCAUGGCCCGAGAUCACAUAUGUCAAUAAUUCCCCAUCACCUGGCUUCAGCAGUUCCCAUAGCAGUCUUUCUCUUGGGGAAGGAAAUGGUUCACCAAAUCACCAGCCAGAGCCACCCCCUCCAGUCACAGACAACCUCUUGCCGACAACCACACCUCAGGAGGCUCAGCAGUGGUUGCAUCGAAACCGUUUUUCCACAUUCACGAGGCUUUUUACAAACUUCUCAGGAGCAGAUUUAUUGAAACUAACUAGAGAUGAUGUGAUUCAAAUCUGUGGCCCUGCAGAUGGAAUCAGGUUUUUUAAUGCAUUAAAAGGCCGGAUGGUGCGCCCAAGGCUAACCAUUUGUGUUUGUCAGGAGUCCUUGCACCUGAGGAAGCAGCAACAGCAGCAGAAGCGUGCGGGUGGAGACUCACAUGGUACUUUCUUCGUUUACCGUGCCGUCUGCCUAGCAGAACUGACAGCUGUUGAACGGACAGAAAAAAUUGCUCGGCUUUUCAGCAUUUCCCCUUUGCCAGAUCAGCCACAUCUACAAGCGGGGCCCACAGGAAUCCGUGUGCUCUUUCGUGAUGAGAUGAUACAGAACUUUCAGGAAGAAGCCUGUUUUAUUCUGGACACAAUGAAAGAAACCAGUGAUAGCUAUCAUAUCAUACUGAAGUAG